AUGGUGAAAGCUUUGGCCCGGCGUCAGCCAAUUUUCAUCAUCAUCGACGGGUUCAAUUACUACGAAACACAGAAUCUUUGCGACAAAAUGAAGAAAUUCGUCAAGAGGCUUGUCAAACUGCUUAUCACUAGUACCACUCGGAUACUAGAUGUUAGCACAUAUCUCAAGAAUGAUGAGAAGUUACUGGUGCCUGCUGACCCACCUCCACGAACCCUGGCAGCGGCAGACCAACAGCUGAAGCGAAUGUUCACUUUCAGUCGUUCUUCGAAAAAGCAUUAA